AUGAACGAGUCACGCCCCUUUUACAUCUUAGCCAUGCUCUUGAGCCUCGGAGGUCUCGUCUUUGCCGAACUUGUUUCUCAAAAUGACUUGUUCCGCGCUCUCGCUCGCUACGAGAGCGUAUCGACGUAUUACAAUCUCCUCAAGUCUUACCCACACUCCCUGGAUGGCUUCCCACCAGUCAUUGGUGUGACCAUGAUUGUUCCCGACAACGAAGCCUUUGAGAAGAUCGCAGACUGGGACUCCAACGAUGAUACCAAGGUGUUAAAUAUCCUUCGAUAUCAUAUCUUCCCAGGCACGGUCUCUGUGGGCACCGUUGAGGAAGGAACUCCAGUCUUCUCUCCGACACUCCUGGACGGCGCACGCGUCAUCAUCGACAGGCAGCACGGAGACGAGGUGGUGUUCACAUCCGGAGCCGAUAGACGCUCAAUGCUACUCGAAGGCGACAUCGAUUUCAGCGACGGUGUGAUUCACAUUGUUGACACCAUUAUGGCCCCGCCUCCCAGCCUGGGACCGGCCUGCCGCGUCCACAAACCACUCAGCGCCUUUCUAGGUGCUCUGUACCAGACGAACCUGUCCGAGCAGGUCCCAGCUUCUAAGAACGUCACUAUCUUCGCCCCCAACAACGCAGCCUUCCAGCGCACGUCCGGCGCCAUGUCUACCCUGUCGCAGUCAGAGCUGCUGGAGGUCAUGAAGUUCCACAUCGUGCCCACCGUGCUCUACAGCAAAGACCUCGUCAACGGUGCCAGCUGGCCCACCCUCGGCGGAAAGAAUAUCACCGUCACCGUCGCGGGCAACAACCGGUACAUCGACUCCAGCCAGAUCCUCGACCCGGAUAUCCUCAUCGAGUUUGGCGUGAUCCACAUGCUGGGUGACGUGCUGAACCCCGCCGAGCCGGACGCCCGCCCGAUCCCAACCAUGAUAGCGCAGCUGCCUGCCUUUGAGCUCUCAGGCAGCACGUCGACGGGGAGCAAGGUCCCCGUGCCGUUCACGAGUGCCCUGCCGUGUACGGCUGACUGCCCAAUGCCCACAGGUGAGGUCACAACACCGGAGAGCACGCCGACUGAAAAUGGUGGUGCUGAAGCACUUGCUUCCAAGUGCACGGGUCUCGCGGGCGCGAUGGGUGUUGGUAUGCUCGGUGUUGGCAUGCUAGAGGCGGCGGGUGUGCUGUAA